GUUUUUUUAAACUUGUCAAAGUAACUUUUUCUAAAACUCAAUUUACUUUCGACUGCAUUGGUGGGAGUUCCCCUGCACGCUUUUCGGAAGAUACCCAAAAGUUUAUGGGUUUCGACUUAUUAUUGGGUGGGCAAUGAACAGAAGUAAGAGAGAUGGCCAUCAUGUACACGAGCAACAAGUCGUUAAGAAAUGCCAAGGAUCAGUAACGUGUGUCAAUGGUGCUUGCGCUUUGUACAAAAAGCAAUUAAGACCCCCUGUCGAGCAGAAAUUGAUUAUGAACAAGUGUAUUCACUGCAACAAUGCAGCGAGAUGGAUUCAACGGGCAGUUGCCUUGGGGGGGGGGUUUGGAGAAUACCCAGUUGCAUCACAGAUGUUGACUGCCCACCCCAGUUUACGGACGGUGAGUCUAAUGUUGUUCUUCAACAACAUGUGCUUUAAGUUUAAAGCACGAAUCGGAGGAUUUAAAGACAACGUGAGCCGUAUCCAUCACUGCUCUGAAACCCACGAACACAAUUACAUCAGUGAUACACGUUUCGCAGAUCUUAUGGACAUUGAUGGCUUGAUGCGAGACUUUUUAUUUGAGACGCAAGAGUAUAACUCGGAGGAGGAGCAAGAAAAAGAAUUUUGUUCCGUUCUUUUACAUCAUUUAGUUGUCAGGGAGAAGAAAUUCCCCUGCACAUACAAAACUGAUUUUUAAAGGGAUGGUAACCGCGACAAACGAGAUAAUUGACUCUCACACACCUCCUUUUCUUUUCAUCACCGAUCCCAGUAAUUUCGUGAGACGCCAUGAAGAAUUUUCAAGCAACAGCGGAAACGCCAUAGACCACUCUAACAUAUAUUUUCCAGAAAAUAUAUCAAUAACUCAAAACUCUCAAUACCAAUUACACGGAAGAGUUUACUCUACCUCUUCAACAGGGAGAGCAUUUUUUUUACAGUCUGUUACAAAAUCAUCGAUGGCAUUAAUUUUAUCGUUCGUAUUGACAAUCUCGACAAAGAAAUCAAAAUCAUCACAUCAGACAUAAA